GAGAGAGGGAAAGAGAGAUUGGAGCGACAGCGCUCGCGCAGAGCCCUUUGAAAGGACUUACACUUCCUAAUGAAUAUUUAUCCGCCGCUGCUGCACGCUCCCGGCUUCUCUUACCUUUCCGCAGGUCAGUCCAUGGUAUUCCGCUCCCCCCUAGACCUCUAUUCCUCCCACUUCUUGUUGCCAAACUUCGCCGAUUCUCACCACUGCUCCCUACUUCUGGCGAGUAGCGGCGGCGGGAGCGGUGCGGGCGGCGGCGGCGGCGCGGGAGGAGGCGGCGGCGGGAACCGUGCGGGAGGCGGCGGUGCUGGCGGAGCAGGCGGCGGCGGCGGCGGCGGCGGCGGCUCCAGGGCCCCCCCGGAAGAGUUGUCCAUGUUCCAGCUGCCCACCCUCAACUUCUCACCGGAGCAGGUGGCCAGCGUCUGCGAGACGCUGGAGGAGACGGGCGACAUCGAGCGGCUGGGCCGCUUCCUUUGGUCGCUGCCCGUGGCCCCCGGGGCGUGCGAGGCCAUCAACAAACACGAGUCGAUCCUGCGCGCGCGCGCCGUCGUUGCCUUCCACACCGGCAACUUCCGCGACCUGUACCACAUCCUGGAGAACCACAAGUUCACCAAAGAGUCUCACGGCAAGCUGCAGGCCAUGUGGCUCGAGGCACACUACCAGGAGGCCGAGAAGCUGCGCGGCCGCCCCCUCGGCCCAGUGGACAAGUACCGCGUGCGCAAGAAGUUCCCGCUGCCGCGUACCAUCUGGGACGGCGAGCAGAAGACUCAUUGCUUCAAGGAGCGGACUCGGAGCCUGCUGCGGGAGUGGUACCUGCAGGAUCCCUACCCCAACCCCAGCAAGAAACGCGAACUGGCGCAGGCCACCGGCCUCACUCCCACACAAGUAGGCAACUGGUUUAAGAACCGGCGACAACGCGAUCGCGCUGCGGCAGCCAAGAACAGGCUCCAGCAUCAGGCCAUCGGACCGAGUGGCAUGCGCUCGCUGGCCGAGCCUGGCUGCCCCACGCACGGCUCGGCAGAGUCGCCGUCCACGGCGGCCAGCCCCACCACCAGCGUGUCCAGCCUGACGGAGCGCGCGGACACCGGCACUUCCAUCCUCUCGGACAAGCACGGUUUCUCCUUUUGGUUCCCACGGACCCGGCACCCCACCUGCAUGACGAUUUAUUUGUAUCUGGGAAAAUAUUCUCUCUAGUUUAAAACGAUUUAAGGAGUCGACCAUACAAAAACCACCGCCGUGACGACGAGACGACAAAAGCAAACAGACAAAAAGGAAAAAAACAA